AUGGAGGAGGGGAUGGAGGAGGUGAUGGAGGAGGGGAUGGAUGAGGUGAUGGAGGAGGUGAUGGAGGAGGUGAUGGAGGAGGGGAUGGAGGAGGGGAUGGAGGAGGGGAUGGAGGAGGGGAUGGAGGAGGUGAUGGAGGAGGUGAUGGACAAGGUGAUGGAGGAGGUGAUGGAGGAGGUGAUGGAGGAGGUGAUGGACGAGGUGAUGGAGGAGGGGAUGGACGAGGUGAUGGAGGAGGUGAUGGAGGAGGGGAUGGAGGAGGUGAUGGAGGAGGUGAUGGACGAGGUGAUGGACGAGGUGAUGGAGGAGGUGAUGGAGGAGGUGAUGAGGAGGUGA